AUGGACUCCUCUUCAACUUCAAACCCUACUUCUUGCACGACUACGUCAGCACACACCGCUGUGAAGCAAAAUAAGACAAAGAAGAAGAGUAGUGGGGCAGUCAUGAGGCUGUCGACGGACCCACAAAGCGUGGCGGCCAGGCAGCGGCGCCACCGCAUAAGUGACCGUUUCAAAAUUCUGCAGAGCCUUGUGCCCGGCGGCUCGAAGCUCGACACGGCUUCCAUGCUUGAACAAGCCAUACAAUAUGUCAAGUUUCUGCAGGCUCAGAUUUGGCUCCACCAAGCCAUGAUAAGCAUAGCUGGAGCCGAUGCAGCUGCGUCGGCUAAUAAUAAUAAUAAUAAUAACGAUUACUUGGCUGAUAAUAAGCUGGAGAUCAAGGAGUUAGGAGGAUGGCCAUCAGUUACUUAUUUCACAAAUGAAAUGAAAGGUCCCGUAGCUCAGUUGAGUAAACCUGCAAAAGCCCUGGAUUUCCCACAAAGUUCUCAGCCGAAAACGUCUGGAAUUGGGAACCCGAGCAUGUUGUACGAAAAACGAGAGAAAACUGCAAGCUCGUUCGCUACACCUCAAGAACUUGACGGUAAGCUGAUGAGGCUAUUGCUUGCAACAGAUAAAAAUAUGGCGAAGUUGCCUAUAUCGAUUGGAAUUCUGCUUGUAAAUACGUCGUUUGAGUAA